UUUCUGCUGCUCGACUAACCUGAUAAAUUACGCGGGUGCCCUACGCGACUCGGUACUGGUCAGCGCCCCUUACAUGGGGCACCCCGACCCCAACCUUACCUCCUUCGCCUCAGCCUGUGAGCAGGCGGCCUGCUUGCCUGUUUGCCAGCCUGCCACUGCCUAGUCACCACCACCACCUCCUCACCACCAUCGUCCAGCCCGCCCCCACAACGCAGCGUCAGUCCUCGCGUCGUCCCAGCCCCAAGACAAGGAUCCCCGUCACAGCCGGCGCCCGGACCGCGAAGCGGAGGGAAAAAGAAAUGAUUGCUCGCACAAUCUCUCACUCGUUUUGUUUUGACGCCAUCUCUAUUGCCGUCGCCUCCGUCUAGCCCUCUCCCGUCUCCUUGCCCCCCCUUCGGUCCUCUUCUCGAUCUUGAUCCCGAUCAUAUUCCCCGUUUUCUGACCUUGCUGUUCAAACGCUUCGGAUCCGCCGCUGUCACUCCUUUUUUUUUCCUCGUGAUACUUCUCCCAUUCUCUCGAUUACUCUGUCAACCUUCGUCCCGCCGCCGUCCCACCGCCUUCCGAGUCUGCUUGCCUUCGAGUCGCCGUUUCGACUACGUACCCGUUUUUUCCCUCGAUACAACUCGUUUUAAUAUCGGCACACUGCGAGACGCGCCCGCCUUCUCUUCUCGAACUGGCCUGUUCCACUUCGCACGUGCGAUCUUCGUAGCUCAGCAGCCGGUCAUCUAUACUCCCGUCGCCACGGGCGCCCCGCCGAACCCCGACCUCUCUUGCCCUGCCUUAGCACCCUUUAGAAACGGCUAUGUCAUAGCGCGAAAGCAUAACUGUCAGAGACUACACCGACAUAAUGCCCGACUCGGAUGAUCCUUCGGCGGCGCCUGGCGUCAACGAGGGCCAGUCGGCGACAAAACGGCCAUCCCGGCCCACGAGCGUAGUCUCAUCGCGCAUGACUGACAUUGCGAGCGACGAUGGCGGCGAAACAAAGCCUCGCGACCCCACCACAAGGCAAUCCAAGAGCAUCGAGCCUGGAUCCCGACCUCAGACGGCCAAAACAACAAAUUCUACCAGAACUCCAUGGCCGGCUCCUGCCGUUCGCAAAGGAUACUCAUCCGGGCCCACCGGUAAGAAGUCGGGCAUCGCGGGGUCAACAAGCGCCAUGCCCUCUCGAAAGCCGAGCCUCACCUCCCGAAGCCAUGUCCCGUCCCUCACUUCAAAUGCCUUUUUUCGGCCGAUGAGCUCUCAAAAGCUCCAAGCGCAUCGGGCAAAUGUUGCGCGUCCGCCGGUCACGACGCAGCAGGUACAGCCCUCGCAGCAGCCGUUCGCCGAUCUCGACGAUGGAGCAACCGACCUGGGCGGCAGCGUCGUCAACCGGGACGUCACCGCCCCUACCAUUGGAGCGCAUCCAGGGAGGGUUAGCGGCGAUAACGCGAGACUGCCAUCUCGAGGCACGGAAGCCACGGAGCACGAGAACUUCGAGCGCACCAUCGGCAACACGAGCCCGUCCCAGGGACACCACCCCACCGGUAGCCUGUCGGACAGCGUUCAGCCGCUGCAGGGGAGGCAAGAGGCUCGCGGUCACCUAACUCUCGACGCGGCCAAGGGCUCCCAGGACCGUGGACGCGUGCCGCCGAGUCCUCUUCGGUCGCCUCGCUCGUUCCGCUCGAGCUUCCUACUUCCAGGAAGAAGCGAUCAGGGGCCAACAAGCCGGAUUCGAAGCACAGAGGGUGCCGAGAAGUUGUCCUCUGUGAAUUCGUCACCGCAGUUGCGACCCGUGGAUUCCUACAACAGGCCGAUAUCGCGACCCCCGCCCACCCCGACAGGUGCGAUUGUUGCAGGCCGCGUUCACCAGUUCUUUGACGGCAACACCAUCUUUUGCCUAGGUGGUCGCUGGCAAAACACAAAAGACAAGCCUAUCAACAUCGCGACAGGCCUCUUUGUCGUGGUACCAUGCGUGCUCUUCUUCGUCUUUGAGGCCCCGUGGCUGUGGGAAAACAUCUCGCCGGCGAUUCCCAUUACAUUCGCCUAUCUCGCGUAUAUCUGCGUCUCGUCCUUUGUUCAUGCCUCUGUUUCAGACCCGGGGAUACUGCCCCGUAACCUCCAUCAAUUCCCCCCAGUCUUCGAGCACGACGACCCUCUGCGCGUGGGCCCUCCCACCAACGACUGGACCCUGAUAAAGUCAGCCGAGGCCAGUGCGGCGGCUAUGGAGGUUCCCGUCAAGCAUUGCCGCACGUGCAACAUCUGGCGGCCGCCCCGUGCACAUCACUGCCGUCUCUGCGACAACUGCAUCGAGACACACGACCACCACUGCGUCUGGCUCAAUAACUGUGUUGGCAAGCGCAACUAUCGAUAUUUCUUUGCCUUUGUCUCAUCCGCAACUCUCCUUUCGGCCUAUCUCAUCGCCACAAGUUUGGCCCAGGUUUUACUGCACAAGACGCGAGAGAACGUGUCUUUCCGCAGCGCCAUUGACCACUUCCGCGUCCCCUUCGCCCUCGCCGUCCUCGCCUUCGUGGAACUCCUCUACCCUGCCGCGCUCAUGGGAUACCAUCUAUUCCUCAUGGCAAGGGGUGAGACCACGCGCGAGUACAUCAACUCACACAAGUUCCCCAAAUCGGAGCGUUACCGCGCGUUCAGCCAGGGCAGCAUUCUGCGGAAUCUCAUGGCUGUACUGUGCCGCCCGCGCCCGCCGACAUACUAUCGCUUCAAAAGCAAGUACCUGCAGGGUGACCAGCGGCUCGGCACUCACCGCAAGCACCGUAUGCACCGAAACUCCCAGGGGCUAGAGAUGGACCCUGUGCAUCCGGCUUCCUCACCGAGCGGCUUCCAGGGGCCUGUGUCGCUGCGCCAACAAAGCCGAGGAUAGAUCGCCGGCUUUGUCUGAGAACCACUUCUCGGCUCGUGUUCACUCUCACACCCCCAACAUCCGUUGCACGGACCCCUCGACAUCUCCUUAUCCUUCGUGUAUCCAAAUAACUCUACACACCUGACCGGUCCGCGAUUCUUGCGUCUCGCGCAUCCAUCGUCUGGGGUCGACUCACUCACUCUCUAAUGUCUGCAACAUCACGUUCUUUCCUUGAAUGUCCCUUAUUAUACCCUCUGCACAUAAGCCGUCGUCAUUUGCUGUACUACCUAUCAUUGUGUCGUGCUUUCUUCUUUAUUUGUCACCUUCUCACUGCCCGCUUGGUAGCUAGCGUCUCUAUCGUGCGGCAGGUUAUUAUACAAGUCUUUCCACGCUGGGAUAAUGUACAUGGCAAAACGGGAGCGGCGGUGGUAGCGCUCCGACAGAGCAGUUGAAACCCGGGUUUGGCGCCCAAAGCGGCGAAUGGCGGUACGUACGUUUUAGUAGGCGAAGGUCAUCAUCCGUCGGUAGAGCAAGCGAAGCGAGUGCGCAAUGGAAGAACCGUCCGUGGCCCUGCACGCAAAAUGGAAGAGCGAAAACAAGCGCAACUUUGGUCUGCAAACCUCUCUCGUGCGACACGUCGCAUCACAUGCCUG